UGAAUUUGAGGCACUAUUUUUCUUCUGGUUUUUUUAGAUCUAAUUUUCAAGUUUCUAAAGAAUUGCAGUUGCUUGGGAGCCACAGGGAGGCUAUUUCAUUUCAACAUACGUCAUGAUACAGGAAGUAAACAAACCAGAGAAGCAGUUGUCAUCAAGACGCUCAUGAGACCUCACAUCUCGUGCCAUGACAGCUCGUGCAGGUGUGAUGUUGCUCUGGCAUGAAUGAUCUCCAGAUCUCCCAUUGAGGGUGUCAAGCCGGACACGAACCCCUGCCGUAUCAUGGCAGAGGUGUUAGGACAAAGGAGCUUGUUGGGCUUUGGUGUGGUGUUGGCAUGGCUGGUGCUGUUCCACCUGCUGGUCAACAUAUGGCUGCUGUGCGUGUUCACCAGCCUGCUGGUGGUGCUUGGGGGCUGGCUCGGGUCACAGGCUGUCCUGGAGUCCAACAGUGUGGUUCACCUGGAGAGGUUUAUCUCCAUGGAGCAGGUUCCACCGACUGUUGAGGACGAGCACAACUUGGACCAGGAGAUUCACAACACAGUGAGGAAAAUCAUCAGGGACUUUGUCAACUCCUGGUACUCCACUGUGUCCUCUGAGAGUGCUUUCGAAACAGAGGUUCAAGAGGCCAUGAUCUCUAUGGCCAUGGAGCUGAAAAUACGUGCUAGACAGCUCGACAGGAAGGAGCUGACCCAGAGGAUCCUGGAUCUGUUUGGCUGCCACCUGCAGGACUACAUCAGAGCAAAAGAGCUGCUGACGGAAACGCCUCUGACUUCGAAGUGCAGCGGUGAGAGCGAGCAGUUGUGGAAAGCGUAUUCCAUGGUUACCCCGCCUCAUCUUGCCAGCGACACGAUGGAAGUCAACUACACUAGAGCGAUCACAGAUUUGUUGCUGCAUGUUUUGGUGCCAUCGCCUCACUUAGAGAGCCGCACCGGUCGCUUCGUUGUCGGUGAACUCAUCACCUGCAACGUAAUGCUCCCUCUCAUUGCUAAACUGUCGGACCCAGACUGGUUAAACUUUCUUGUGAUCGGCAUAUUCAACAAGUCCUGCGAACCACAGGAGCCAAUUAAAUCAGAGCCACGUGCUUCAUCACCAUGUCUACCACCACCACCUGCUGAAUCAGAGCUUGCUCCACCGCAGGAGACAACACACGUACCGCAGAAGAAUAAUGACGUUUCCGUGACUGAAGCUGUCAGUGAUGCAGAGAUGGCCUUGCCAGAGCUUACCGCCUACGAUGUGAUUGACUCCGACGAGGUGAAUGAGAACCUAACUGAAGAAGAAGAGCCCACUCUACCCUUUUUAAGGCGUUACAUGAGAGGCACCAAGUCAAACCCAUUCUACCAGGAGAACGACUCUGACUUGGACUCUCCUUCUGCUGACUAUAAGCAAAGUUCCAUUGAUUCCCUUGUCAUGGUCGGGCAAGAGGACAACAGUAAUGGUGGGGACCUGGAGGAUGUUUGCCCCAGCCCACUGGAUGGCGCUUGUCCUAAAGUCCUUGUGAAUUCAGAACCGGUGGGGCAUCCUUAUGGCUGCGAGCUGUCGUCAGGUAGGACAGCAGAGGGGACUCCUGGUAACGGUAGACUUCAGGACGUGGAGAAGGAGGGCAGUUGUUCUUUGGUAAAUCCAGCCCGAGAGUUUCUUCUGGGACUAGAAACGACUGGGUUGGGGAAUCCCAAUGAGCUGACCGUCAGUCCGUUACAGGUCUCCUCCCCUAUACAGUCCUUCAGUUUUGAGCCCCUCAGCAGCCCUGAUGGUCCGGUCAUGAUCCAGAACCUUCGCAUCACUGGCACCAUCACAGCUAAGGAGCACCGUGGCACCGGCUCACACCCAUACACCCUUUACACUAUCAAAUAUGAGACAGCAAUGUGCUGCGAGAACCCAGAAGGUGUCCAGCCAGGCUUUGAGGAGGCUGAAGUCCCACCUUCAGGUUGUGAGAAUCCAUCACCCAUUCAGCAGGUGGCCUAUCACAUGGUCAACAGACGAUACAGCGAGUUCCUCAACCUGCAAACACGGCUGGAGGAAAAAAAUGAACUACGGAAACUCAUCAAAGGUGUGAAAGGUCCAAAGAAAGUAUUUCCCGACAUGCCGUUUGGAAACAUGGACAGUGAUAAGAUAGAGGCCAGGAAAGGACUUCUGGAGACCUUUCUUAAGCAACUAUGUUCCAUCCCUGAAAUCGCCAACAGUGAGGAGAUGCAGGAGUUUCUGGCUCUCAAUACAGACGCCCGGAUUGCCUUCGUCAAGAAACCUUUUAUUGUGUCACGCAUAGACAAGAUUGUGGUGAAUGCCAUCGUGGACACUCUGAAGACAGCGUUUCCUCGUUCCGAACCUCAGAGCCCGACAGAGGAUAACGAGUCAGAGAUAGAUGGAGGGAAAAUAAGUACAGAGAAGAAGAAGUCUCGUCUGAAGUUCUCCAGUAAAAGCAUCCCCUUUAUGAAUGGAUCAGACAUUAGACCACCGCUUUUGUUCAGUUGGGACCUAACGAGCACAGUGUUUAGCAGGAUGUCUUUUAGAGACUUGCAAGCGUUUAUCACUGAUCAAGAAAAACUGUCCGUCAGAGUCGAAUCAGAGAGGGAGGGCAGUCCAGUGAGACAAGAAUUGGGAGGACAUCUUGAUGACUGCUCGGGAGAAAAGCACAGUCAGGAAUCUGCUUCUGAGAUGGCGCUGGCUGAGGUGGCUCUGAACGUCCUGUGUCUGCUGAUGAAGGAGCAGUGGAGCUGGCUGUGCACGGAAAACAUUCAGAGGACCAUCAGGCUGCUGUUUGGGACUCUUAUCAACAGAUGGCUGGAUGUGAGCGUAGCCAACCUGACAACCACUGCAUACUGGGUGGGGUACCUGCAGGUCAUCCAGGAGUCUGUGUGGCCAGGAGGAGCUUUGCCCACUGACCCUCAACUUGAACGCAGCCAACAGCAAAAGGACAGCACCAGGCAACAAGCCUUACACUGUCUGAUGAGCCUCCUACCAGAUCUGGUCUCUGACAUGUUGGGCUCAAACAAGUACAAACUGAGCUGGGAGACAGCGCUAGACUCUCUUCAAAACCCCUACAUUAACAGACAUCUGGUCUUCUGCCUAUUUGAUCUUCUGCUGGAGUUCCUGGUUCCUGAAAUACCUGAAGAGGGCUUCCAGAGAAGCCUGCUGCAAAGCCUCUCAAAGAACCCAGAGAAGCUGCUGGCAUGAGGAAACCCACAGGCACACCGGCACACCCAGAUUAAACCUCCAUCAUCUGGACUGAUCAUUCAAAAACGAUGAGUUGUUGACUGCUCCUGUUCUACUUACGUUCUGCAAGACUGAAUGUAAUGUGAAUGUUUCUGGUGAGACCAAAUACUCUCUGUUCAGGCAAGACUUUAAUUAUGUGUUGAUGCAUUGUUAUACAAGGCUGCAUGCACACACAAUAACACAAACUGCAGAUGAAACGGCUUUGAUUACAUGAAAACACCUGGUUUGUGUUUGAUCUCAGAACAUCUCUGAAGUACUGGUCAGAUCUAAACAUGUGGCAAAGCCUUUUCCAAUAUCUACAUAAGGCCUUUUCAUGCUUGCCAAACUCUCUGGCUUUAGUGAAACUCAAUUCAGAUGGUCUUUGGACUCUGCCCUCAUUCCCUUUAACAGUUUUGUGGAAAAAGAAAUCCCACACCUGUUGCUCUAAUCUGGGAUUUGCUUUUCACCCCGAACUUAAAUCUCAAAAUGCUUUAUUUGUAUUAGGCAUCACUGUUUCUAUUCUCUGUUGACCCAUUCCACAAUAUCCUACUGGCUCUUUAUCAAGACAGACAUGUCUUUAUGACUUAAUGUGAUCCAUACAUCCUAAAUCUGAGCCUUCCUGAGGGAUAGCAUGUAUCUGGCAGGGUUUUUUUUUUUACUUCCCCAGGUGUAGGAAAAGUACAUACUGUGGUGAAGUGAAGAGUUGACCAUAAGAUAUUUUAUUGGCUUCACAAUGCGUCACAGUUCCUUUAACAGGUCCCUCUGAGAAUUAUAUGUGCAGUUAAUGUCUGAAUUAUGUAAGAACUGGGCACCACAAAAACAGGUAAUUGAGGGAUUUAGGAUUGGUUUUGGUCCAGUCAACGCGAACAUCGGAAUGCUGGAGUUCCCUCAAUUUUUUUCAUCUCCAACUUUUAGUUCUAUAAAUCCAUGCUAUCCAGUCCAGAAAUGUAUGCCUAUACCCGGAAAUAAAUACCUUUGUGGUGAUUAUUUUUGAAAAAUUCAGUGGCAAUCAUUAGUCGAUGUAGUCUUCCUGAUGUCAGACCAACAGUUUGUUGAAUACGGUAUUGGAGCCUUAAGUUUGCCAUUUUGGUUAAGGGGGAGUGAGCCUGGUACACCUGAACACUAAAACAAAUUGAAAGGCAAAAAAAGGUCACAGUUAACUGAAAUAACACUGAAUGGGUUGAAGUUGUAAGACCAACACAUGGACAACACCCAAACCGGACAACAUCGUGGAAGCAACCUGCCCAUCACAAUGUAGCCCAGCCCUAAAACAAACAUCUAUAGUGAAUAUCAUGCAUUGUUGACAAAGACUUGAAACUAGUGAUUAAGAUCAUAAACUGCUAACGAGUUUACUAAGCUUAUAAAUCAAGCCAGAAGUAGGGUCAAUUUUCAUAGACUUUCAUAUAUUUAUACUUGUUUUGCAAGAAGGGCAGUCUCCCCUAUUAGAGCUAAUGCAAGUUUAAGGAGCUAUAGCUUCUUUUGCUGUGGAAAAAGUUCCAAUGAAAACUGCUUGCUUUGUAAACACUUUUCACACUUUUACUCGUAAGAUUAACAAUAAUUCUGUUCUAAUAAAAAGUCCCAGUAAGUCAUGACAUUCUGACAGCUAAUGGGUCAGUACUUAAAGUCAUGCAAACUUCGCUCUGAUCGGCAGUGCUACAGUCAUCUCACAUUUUUCUUCUCCACCUGAUUGGAGCAACUUGAGUCAUUUGCUAAAAUCUUUCCAAAUGUGCAAGGGUGGUUGAUUUUUGUCCUGAUUAAUGCAAUGUGCUGCUCUAUGAAUUACCACAAAGCAAAUAGUCAAUCAACCCUUGUCGACCGAUGGACAGAUUUGUUGUGGAUGUAUUCAAUCACUCAUUCCGAACAUCCACCUUUGCUUUACAUAGUCAUAGAGUUCAAACUAUGGUCAUUAUCUAGUCAACUUAAAAACCUUGUGGAGAGUUUUAGUGGUGUAACCACCCGGUAUAGAGAAAUGUUCAACAUAUUGUGGAAGGUUUUUGCACUUUGUAAAUCAGCCUUAGCAUCUUACUGCGUUCAUGGUGGUUACACAAACAAUCAGCACUUAAUUUCUCAGUUGGAUAGAGACAAGGAACAAAAAACUGUUGUAGUUUGCUGAAAAUAUCCAAAGUAUGCCAAAACACAGGUUAUCCUUUAUAUCAAUUGGGGUAAGGGUUAAGGUCAAUACAGUGUAACCAUAAUGUCUUAUCCUUCUUCAGUUGCAGCUGGCCAUGACAAUCAUGAAGAGUAACCUUUUCCGAAACGUUUAAGGUUCAAAAUGUUAUGUCUUGAAUUUGGACAUGUUGUUCUGAACAUUAUAAAGCCACUUACUUUUGUGUUUUAUUUUUGGGAGUAUAAAGUCCAAAUUGGUCAUGCUGAUAUUAAGAUAUGCACUACUUUCUCAAAUAUGAAAUAAGUCUCCUGUGACUGAAUCUGCAUAUCCUGUUAAAUCAUGAGUGGUUUAGAUGCCAGGUUGGACAAAUGUUGCAUUCCAUCCUGAAGGUAAAAAACAAGUUUUGCAUUCCACUGUUUUGCAUUCGUAUCAUGGUCCAAUGUGUUCCUUUCUGUUGUGGGAUCUUGUGAUUAAGCCUAUUUAUUGACCUAUUUAUUUGUUUGAUUUACUAAAUGAUGACUUUUCCGAGGUGUCUGAACCAACAAAGAGGUGUGUCCUCGCUUAUGAAGUGCUUUUAACUGGAUCUUGCCUUACAAGGUGGCUUGGCAGCUGAGCCUGCUUCUGUACAACAUAAGCACUAAGUAAACAGCUCUCUGUAGUAAAACCUUUUUUUCAUUGUGUCAAAUUUGCAUAAAGCUGUUACAGUUAUUGGUUUUGAAGAGAUUUUAUUUUGCUUGGUUACAUGUAUUGUCAUGAAGGAAUCCUAUGCAUGUUGCCAUGUGAAACACCACAUAUAUUCCUGCUUGUAUUUGCCAUUACAUAUUGCGGAUAAUGUUGGUCUUUACUUACCAUCACUUUUUCUUGUUAUAACAUAAGUUGGUAUAUUGGUAUAAUGAGAAAUCAAAGCAGCGCCCAUAUUAUGGACAGUGUAGCCUGCAUUGACUCAUUUAUAUUUGGUUAUGUUUUAUUUAAUGCCUGGGAUGAGACAGGGCCAAUGUACAGUAUCAUUUAAAGUUAGAAUAAACAAUGCGUUGCAAGUAUACAAAAAAAAUACAACUCCCACAAAGUACUUCCCUAAAGCUGGGAAGUAUCCUAAAUGUAGUGCAUAUUUACAGUCAAUAGUUUUCACAGAAAAUCUGCCUAAGAAACUCAAUGUAUGCAUGUUUUCAUCUACUACUGUUACAUACGCCUAUAUCCAUUUCUCAAGGUGUUUACGCUCUUAUCUGUCCUGUUUAAGAACUUCCACAAUAUAACAAAUGUCAAAGUGAUAACGUUUUGUUUUACAUCUAGUAAGUAAGUACAUACACAUAAAAUGUGAUGUAUGACUGAUUAACCUGCAGUAACUUUUUAUUAACAGUAUACCAACUUAUUAGGUCAUAAGAAGGAACUUUUUCAGUCCUAACGGAACAUGUUGAUUUUGUGUAAUACUGAAAACGUUUACAGGUUACAGCGUGAUAAAAAUAAUUCAUAUGUAGCAAUAGAUAUUAAGUUGUCAUAGUCAUGAAAAAUGUCUUGUUGUAAUAUAACCUGGAUAAUUCUGCUUGAGAAAUGUUUGUUUUUAUUACCAAAAAACAAAUACUUUUUUUUAUUAAAGUGGCAGCAAUAUGCUUCAGUGCUUAUCUGCUUUUUAGAUUUUAGAUUCUUUGUCACACAUUUAUGCCAAAUGUUAAUUAGAGCUGCCAAUGUUUUAUAAACAGUGAAUAUAUAGAUAUUAAAGCCUUAUCUGUAUACUUCAGAAGUAUAUGAAGUUGUACGGUGAAACUGUUAGGUGUAAUCCUGUUCUCUAUCACCUUUGCACUCUUUCUCACCCUUUCCCCUCCUGUCCCGUGUCUGGUGUUUAUCUGCUCACUUGUCACUUGCGGACACGUGGCAUUGUGUUGUACACUGUGAAACUCCCUUUGCUAGCACAUAUUGUUUCACAGUCUUUUAAACAUUUGCUGGGUGUUCCUGAACAUAUUUGCAAAAACAAUAAAGUUACCAAACAUGAGUUAUUAAACCUUCAA